AUGGCUUUCGGGUUUGCAAAGAUGGAGAUGGGUUUGGGUUUGCUGGGUUGUGCAAUGGGGUUCGGUGGUUUGCAGAGACGAGGGUUCGGUGGUGAGCAAAGAUGGUUCUGCGAUGGCAAAGGGAUGAGUUUUUCGAUGGUUCUGCGAUGGAGAUGGGGUGUGUCUAAAAGGGAAUGGGGUUUUCGGUGGGUGGUGUAUGAUAUGGGAUGGGGUUUACACAAUAAGUUAGGGAAUAGGGUUCAUGAGGGCAAUUUGGGGAAAAAAAAAGGGGUUUAA